AUGGUCAUCUCCUCCGAGAGCAUCACAAACUCUGAUAACAGAGGCUGGCUGGCAUUUUACGCCACUACAGACGAGGCGGAAUAUCUCCUGAAGACGGAAUUUCAAGGAUUCGAAGAUUCCCUUACUGGAUGCAUUAUGCCGGCUUGUGAUGAGUAUCACGUCCCUCACCAGAUUAAGGAGCAUAAUGACUUCAUUGCCCCUGGAAUCAAGCUGCUUGCACCGAUUGAUAUCAAAGCAAAGGUCAAGCGUAAAAAUAUGAGACGUAUUGUGAACAAAAACCGUUCCUGGCCUAGGAACCCGAAUUUCCCCAAGAUGUUGGAGUAUUAUUUGAGCUUGCCCUAA